CAGAAACCAACCCCAAAAAAAAAAAAAACACCACCCAACCCUGAGCGCGAGCGAAGCAGCGAGCCAGGGCUGAGGCGAGCGGGCGGGCUUGGGGAGCCGAGCAAGAGCCGAGCCCCCCAAAAUCCCCCCGCACCCCGACUAUGCUAAAUGUAACCGGGGAGCUCUCAGGUGACUCUUGGGGGAUCUUCACCUUCCUGUGCGCCGCGCUUUGCAACCUGCCGGCUCUGCCGGCGCUGAACUGCUCCGAGGAGCUGGGCGCCGGCCAGUCCAUCCAGCAGACGUACGACCUGACCCGCUACCUGGAGCACCAGCUCCGCACCCUCGCCGGCACCUACCUGAACUACCUGGGCCCCCCCUUCAAUGAGCCUGACUUCAACCCGCCGCGUCUGGCGCGCGCCGAGCGGGUGCCCAGCGCCACCGUGGACCUGGACCUGUGGCGGGGCCUGACGGACAACGCUCGCCUGGCCGCCAACUACCGGGCCUACAGCCGCCUGCUCUGCUACCUGCGUGUGCUGGACGGGCAGGUGGGCACGGCCGAGCUGCGCCACCGCCUCGCCCACUUCUGCGCCAGCCUCCAGGGGCUGGUGCUCAGCAUCGGCGGCGUCAUGUCCUCGCUGGGCUACCCGCUGCCCGCCGGCCCCGCCGGGCCCCCCGCCGGGCCCCCCGGCGCGCCCGCCGCCCCCAAUGACUUCCUGAAGAAGAUGGAUGAUUUCUGGCUGCUGAAGGAGCUGCAGACCUGGCUCUGGCGCUCGGCCAAGGACUUCAACCGCCUCAAGAAGAAGGUGCCGCCCGCUGUGGUCACCCUGCGGCUGGAGGCGAGGGGGUUCUGAGCACCUGCUGGGCUCCCGAGUCCACAGCGCCACCACGACCACGCAGGUCCCCUCUUCCACCACCGGUGUGCCUUGAGAAAUGGGGCUCCUGACCCCCAAAGCACCCCACAACCUCAUCAUCACCUGGCAGUGCCUUGAAAGAUGGGGCUCCUGACAUCACAUGUCACCACAGCCACCUUGCAGCCCCUCCAUCAUCAUCAUACUGUGCCUUAAGGAACAGGGCUCCUGACCCCAAGUGCCACCAUGGCCACCCCGUGUUCCCUGUCCACCUCCAGUGUGCUUCGAGAAAAAGGGUUUCUGACUCCCAGCCACCUCACAAUCCCACUUUCAUCACCGUGCCUCAAGUGAGGGGCUCCUGACCCCAAGUGCCACCCACCACAGCCACCUCAUGUCCCCACUGUCACUACACUCUGCUGUAUGGGAUGCGUCUCCUGACCCCAAGUGCCACCAAAGCCACUCCAUGUCCCCUCUUCACAACCAGCGUCCCUUCAAAACUGUCUCCUGACCCCGGAGUGCUGCCAAAGCCACCCCAUGUCCUUAUCAUCACCCAGCUGUGCCUUAAGGGGUAGAGUUCCUCACCCCAAAGUGCCACCACAGUCACUCCGCAGUCCCUCCAUCACUAUGUUGUGUCUUAAGGGACAGGCGUCCUGACUCCCGAGCGCCCCUCCAUGGUGUCCCCAACCCCCAGGGCGCCUGUCCCUCUCCCUAAAAUCUCCAGUGGGUGAAAACCCCGCCCAUCCCAAAAAGGACCAACGCCCUCUGAGCAUAGGAAUAAGCCCCGCCCCAGCCAGCAGCAAGCCACGCCCCGGAGCAAUAGGCUCCGCCCCAGAUGACAUUAGCCCCGCCCACUCGCCUGUGUAGCAAGCCCCGCCUCCUCCUCGCAUCAGGCCCCGCCCCCUCACCCAAGCCCCGCCUCCCCCAUGGUUGCCCAUCGAUGCAGCAGUGGGGCGAGGCCGCUGUCCCGGUGCGUCUAUGAGUGUUUAUUUAUUGGAGAUGUUUAUUUAUUGGGGUAUUUAUUGCAGAAGAUCUAUUCUUGUAUGAACGAAUAAAAGC